AUAAGAUGAAGAAUGAAAUUGCUGCUGUUGUCUUCUUUUUCACAAGGCUAGUUCGAAAACAUGAUAAGUUGAAAAAAGAGGCAGUUGAAAGAUUUGCUGAGAAAUUGACUUUAAUACUUCAAGAAAAGUAUAAAAAUCAUUGGUAUCCUGAAAAACCAUCAAAAGGACAGGCCUACAGAUGCAUUCGUGUCAAUAAAUUUCAGAGAGUUGAUCCUGAUGUCCUGAAAGCUUGUGAGAACAGCUGCAUCUUGUACAGUGACCUGGGCUUGCCCAAGGAGCUCACUCUCUGGGUGGACCCAUGUGAGGUGUGUUGCCGAUAUGGAGAGAAAAACAAUGCCUUCAUUGUUGCCAGCUUUGAACAUGAGGAUGAAAACAAAGAUGAGAUCUCCAAGAAAGUUACUCGGGCACUUGAUAAGGUUACCUCUGAUUAUCAUUCAGGAUCCUCUUCUUCAGAUGAAGAAACCAACAAGGAAGUGAAACCCAGUUCGGUGACUGCAGCCCCAAGCCCUGUGUACCAGAUUUCAGAAUUGAUAUUCCCCCCUCUUCCAGUGUGGCAUCCUCUGCCCAGAAAAAAACCAGGGAUGUACCGAGGGAAUGGCCAUCCGAGUCACUACCCACCUCCUGUUCCUUUUGGUUAUCCACAUCAGGGAAGGAAGAAUAAAUCAUACCGCCCAAUUCCAGUGACAUGGGUACCUCCUCAUGGAAUACAUUGUGACCGGAACCACUGGAUGAAUCAUCACAUGUUAGCACCUCACUAGCUCCUUUUUGAUUCUGUUAAUGUCAUGUUGAAAGAAAGGUAGACUAAGCCUGAUUAUAUAUAUAAAAAUGUUGAAAGUUCUUACUCCCAGUAGUAAAGUUAGAUGGACCAAACCAUCAAACUUAUUUUUAUAGAGAUGUUAUUGAGAAUAAUCUUUCUUAAAUAUAGAUAUAUAUAUAUAUAUGCACUUUAGAUACAUUGAUAAUAGUUUGAGAAAUUUUAUUAAAGUUAGUCAAGUGCCUGAGUUUUUAAUAUUGGACUUGAGUAUUUAUAUAUUGUGUAUCAACUUUGUUGGAUACAAAAACACUGUAGGAGUGGACAAUCUGUUACAGCACCUUUGUGGAUGUAAGUUAUUUAUACACAAGGCUAUCUAUUUUAUUUCAUUAUUUUGAAGAGUUGUGAAAUCAUGUAGUUGCACAUAGAAUAGUUUGAGGCAUGCCA